GGGAAGAAAGGAAAAGACCACUGGUGAAGGAAGCAAGACGGGAACGACGCAUAGGAAAACAUAGUAUGGCUGAAGAAAGAGGAGAAGUGGCGGAAGGAGAAGGGGAAGACGAUAAGGGAGAGGCAGAGGCAAUGGUUGGCAUGACAGGGAGAAGGAGUGGAUACAGGCGACAAGGAUCUGAGAGAAUACUGGAAAGAGAUGGACCAAGUGGCAAUUACCGGACAAAUGCAGACAGACAGGGUAAUCGGGGUGACGCAGACGUACAAGCGGCGAGGGAAGGUAAGGGUAGAGGUAGGAAUAGGAUAGGAGCUUCUCGGAAAUCCCAGAUGGAACCCGCGAUUGCAUCGACUGUCAACGGUGGAGAGACAUGCGCCAUGGAGACGGAGGACAUUCUCAAGGGUUUUGCAGAUGACAGCAAGGAAGGGAAUUCGGCAGGAGGGAACAACGCAGACUGUGCAGAGGUGCUUGCGACAAUAUGUGCACAGACUGCAGAGAUGAUGGGUGAUGGUGAUGAAACAGAGAAUGAUGCAGGAGGGAGCACUUGAGAAGAGUACCCAUAUGACAUCAAUUGGGUGUCGGGUCGUGUUCAACCGGGUAUUGUUGGAGGAACACCCUGCUUUGCGUUCAAAGUCGAAGGGACAUGGGUUCCAUUUCCUGCCCCAAAAAAGAAUACAUGGCGAAACGUGACUCUGGCAAUCAUGUUUGACAGACUAUUAAGGUUGAACGAUGGGGCAACAGCAGAGGUGAAAGGGCGAUAUGCAUUGGACAUGUGGCGUCUUCUAGAGGCGCAGGGCGAGUUCAGGCUGAACGAUUUUUUGUACGACAGUUUUGAUUGCGGACAGGCGUGGGUUAUUGGCGGGAACGACGCAACAGGGAGUACAGCGUGCCACGAGAGUGAUGCGAGAAGGGAUCCUAGCCCAAGAGCACGGCGACGGUCAGAACAGAUACAUGCCUCGCAUUCGCCGCAGGCACGAUUGCACGACCGUUCUUGGUGGGUCCCGGUCGUAUGUCCCAUGACAUAUGAGCAUGGUGGAGACGUCACCAUGAGAUUCAGAGACCCGCUUGGUGUGCCUUUCCAUCUGACCUACUUAGAUGGACUCCUGCGAGACAUUCGGUAUCUGCCGGAGGAUGGCUUGCCACGUUCAGCGCAGGUAGGCAAGAGGACAAAGAAGCGCUCAAAAAUUUUCCGUUUGUCUGCUGAGGUGGAGGGCCCAUGUGGUCCUGGUCGCGUCGGGGGGUGCUCUGUAGCACAGGGUGACAUGGGCGGGCCGAGCGAUGUCCCGAUGUCGCAGAGCCCGGGGAAGAAGAAGAAGUGCACGCCGGGAACGCCACGUGAUGUUGCAGAGCCCGCACGCAGAAAGAAGGUGAACCCGAAGGCGGUGCCAGGGACCGGAGACACCGCAGGUGCACGAACUCAGGUCCCCAGACGCCGUCGACGCCCCGGGAUGGCAACUUUGUCGGAAAUCAGAAAGUUGCAACGAUCCACCGACCUUUGCUUGGCUUUCAGGCCGUUCUUGCGUCUCGUGCGCGAGGUUGUGGAGUGGGACAUUGCUCCGGGUAUGGGCGUGAGGUUUCAGAUGACGGCGGUGCGUGCUUUGAUGGAGGCUGCCGAGGUGUACCUGGUCGCCAAUUUCGAGAACACCAACGAGGUGGCCAUCCAUUCGAAGAGGGUGACGAUCCAGAUCAGGGACAUGAGACUGGUGGAUAGGUUGUCGAAGCCUCGCUGGGUUGAGAAAUAUCAAGGUAUGUUGGACGAGAAGGUGAGAGCUGAGGAGAGACAGGAACGGAUGGACGCCAGACAGGCGGAAAUGGAUGACAGCAGAGCAGGGGCGAAGAAGAGGAAAGCAGUGCCACAGGUAAUGAAGUAUGCAAAGGAGGGUGUCCACUACAACCGUGACAGCGAGUUGUCUUUGCUUCAGGACAGGGUGCCGAGGUACUUCAUAGUCGCUGUGGAUAUAAGAUCCGCAAUCAUGGCAAACGACGAGGGUUGUGUCAAAGCACGAACACUCUUGCAACGCUUCAGAGAGUCACCACAUGUACGUGUGGACAGCGAUAUGGAAGACAAUGCAUACAGUCUAAAAGGAGUGGUCCAUUGGAUCUGCAGCGAAGGGAUGUGCGAAGAAGGAAAUGUUGACAUGACAAUGCAGCAGACAGGGGGGACAUAUACACCUGCAAACUUUGGCAAGUUGUUGGGCACUGUCGCACGGAAUGGGGGAAUGUUGGUUGAUGGGUCGAAGGACGAGUUGAAGAGCGGUGCUGCGGAAAUAUUGGUGUUGUCCAGAAUGACGGACUUUACACAAACAUCGUCAGAAGAAUUUCAAGAUGUUCCUGUCAUUGUUGCAGAUGGUGUGGAAUAUAUUAUGCUGGAUCAACUUGUGGACUUCAUGAAAAAGAGUGACGACGACAAGAACGUCAUCCAUGAGGCGUUGCACGAAGUGACAGAGUUUGCACUGCAGGGUCAAGAUGUGAUAGAAUUUGUGUCAGCAAUAACAGAAGACAACAUCAUAUCUGGCAGACUGUUGUGGGGGGAGUUGUUAUCAGCUGCAUUGGAGCGGCUCGGUCUUGCAAGCUGUGAUGUUGAGAGACAAAGAGAAAGAGAAGAAGAGUGGAAGGUGAUGGUCACGGAAACAAAUUUAGCAAUCAUUCCAGACAACAGACAGACAUCAGCAGCACAAGAAUCAAUAACCAGUAUGGCUGUCGAUGUGCCUCCCAUGCAGACAGCAACGAGAGAGCAGCUAGUGUGUUGCGAUAUCUUCAAUGCUUUCACAAUGGAGAAAGAACUGUGUGAUCGUGGAUUUGAAGAGGCCGAUUUGGCAAGUUGUUGUGCAGAGUACACAGACAGUGCAAAAGAAGAAGAUGGAGAAGAGGAUGAGGGGGUAUCAUCUUCUGACGUGGAAAGGAGCGGCAGCGAUGUCAGCAUCGACGAGGAACAUGAUGUAUACUAUGAUUUGAAGGUUGCGGGUGGACAAGUGACAAAAGGGUGGGCACAUGCAAUUCUGAGGUUGGCACGUGUUUUUCCCGAUCCGCACAAAGUGCUGCGUGUUGUGAUGAAGGGGGCAACACCAGAUGAUGCACAACAGUAUGCCGCAGUGACCAGCAUAAUGAAAUCAUGCAACAAGGGGAAAAGGUGGUCACGUGUUGGCAAGGGAUGGUUUGUUCUAGUCAAUAGAGAGGCUGUGCUAGCAAUGUCACUGACAUGGGGAGUCAACCUGAGUUGCCUCAUACACGGCGCAAUGACGACAGCUUGGGGAGAGACAUUGCAUCCCGGCUUGUCAACAGGAGACGCAAUAAACAUGGACAGCGGUCCACGUGUGUACGACUGUGGCAGACCUUUCAUGUCAUUACGAGCUUUGAACUCACAUCGUGCGAGGGCAUGCCCGACCAUGGCGGACGAAAGAACACAUGGCCAGGAGAUGGAUGUGGUCGAUGACGUCGGAGCAUCAAAUAUAGGUGCAAUGAAUCUCGUGAGCGAUGAGAGCGAGGACGUCGGGGCCCCCAAGAAUGUAGACGGGGAGGGCGGGACAUUCGGAGAGCAGCAACCGCAGCCUGUCGAAUCUUUUGACAGCUCUCGCAAGCUGGCGACACUGAUUUUCUCCGCCAGAGGCGACGUCGGGAGGAGAACGAGGCAACAAGUGACGAGGGAGGUGACAGUGAAACUUCCGACGGACAUUCUCGCGAUACUCACGACGCUGGUGACGAGGACGGCAGGAGCAACGACGACACAGCGCAGGAAGAGGGCGGUGACGGGGCAGACGAAGACGACAGAAGCGCGGACGGAAGAGGGAGUUCCCCAUCUCCGGGAAGAACGCGACGCACGAGGGAACCCGAAAGUGGCGGCGAGGGAGGCGCAGCCGACGCACCCUCCAUUGACCGACAACUGGUGAGGCACGACAACACAUUUAAAAAAGGUGAACAAAAUGUGCUGAAGUUG